AUGCCUAGAAUUCGCCAUCCCAUCGCUGUCAGCGACGGUCCUUCAGUGACGCGACCAAGGCCCAUCAAGCGCGCCGACUCUCUUGCGUCGCUUCCCACACCUCCUCGCACAGCGACGAAGCGCAAGCGGGCGCGCUCGCGCGUAACGGACUCUGACUCUGAAGAGGACGAACUGCCCGUACCCCGUGUCGACAAUGCUUGCCCGAGCGACACGGAGGACAGCGCCCAGCGUGACGCGAACGGCGCGCUCGUGCUGGGGAACAAAAAGCGCAGGACGCUGGACGCCAUUGCAGAGGAGCUGAGCGAGUCCAAGGCGGAGGAAGAAUUCUGGAUGGGCCCGUCCACUACGGCAGCCAGUCGCGAUCUCAAAGAUGCGUCGCAGACGGAAUCUAAAUCGCAACGCGCCAGGUCGCGUACGCGUUCGCUGUCGGCAUCGCCCCCUCCUGCGCCACAUCUCCUGCGCAGACAACACACGGGUUUGGCCUCCCCUCCGCCAUCGCGUCGCCAGCCCAAGCUUCGCCCUUCUGUGAGAUUACGGACGCCCCCUCCGCGUCCGGCCACAAGGUCGCAGAAGCCACAGCUGUUCCCUAUUCGUGAUUCUCCCGACAAUCCGUUCAUCUUGGGCGAGCCAUCGCAGUCGCAAUCUCCCGUCGACGACGAGGAUGAGCUUCCCGAGCCCCGCACGCCUCGGCGACAUGUUGAGAAGCCGACGAUGACCUGGGUCUUCCGUGGCACUAAAGUCGAGCUUGCCAAUCCGCACUACAAGUCCCCUGGUGCGCCACCCGACGAGUCUGACACCGAAGCCUCCUCGAUGCUCCCAGUCACGCAUCCCGCAUACAGUCCUCCGCCAACUUAUGCCCCAAGGAUGCUCUUCCCUGAGGCCCGUCGAGAUCUACGGCGUCGCGCUCCACGGGAGACCCGCUCAGAGCCAACGGAGAUACAAGCUGCGGUACUCGAUGACGACGCGCCUAAAACGCCGCCUCGGCCCAUACGUCCGCUUCCGCGUACACGGCCGCAAUCUCGCGCUGUAUCAGCCGGGUCAGAUAACGAGGCUGUCGAGGGCACGCUGACUUCUCGGCGCCACGAGCCGCUGAUCAAACCUUCGGCGGAGGACGUCGAGGCCGCAAUGCAAGCCGCGAUGGCCCAGCGACUCGCAAAGCGACUCGCAGCCACGAGCAGCCGGGGUUCUAUCAGCAUGGACGAGGUCCUCAAAACGCACACUCGGGCGCACGGUGCUCCGCGCCUCCCGGAGAAAGAUGGCGACCCUGUCCGCCGCGCGAUGGGUCCUGUCCGCGCCGGAGAUGAAGCGCGCGAGGCGUGA